AUGCAUUUUCAGGGUCUGGUGGAUGGUAUGGAGAAACAAGCUGUUGAGAUUGACAAUAAUAAAGGCAAUUCAGAAAUAAAUGAUACGAAGGCCAUUAAAAGUUAUCCUAUCAAGCCAGAACAAUCAGCCAUGGAUUUGUCUUUGGUUCCGCCAAAUUCCGGUUUUUCACCCGGAAGCAAUCAGGAUUUUCAUCAACAGCCCAUGCACAUAAUUACAGAUGGUGUAGGUAGAAUAGAUGACACCCAUUGGACGGAGUGGGGUUCCUGGGCAGAAUGCUUCUGUGAAAAGCAAGUGCGAACAAGGCGGUGCAUGUACACAGGUGCAAUGAGUUCGGGGUGUGAGGGAAGCUCUUUCGAGUCCCGAAGUUGCACGGGCGGUUGGUGCCCCGUCUCACCAGAUACGGUUCGGCCCGAAAUGACGACGGCAAGACCGGAGGAAACCUCCAAAAAUCCAAAGGAUCCACGACGCCAAUUUAGGCCACAUCAUCUUCGUACGGCUACGUCUCUUUCAUGA